AAGAAGACACACAUUUCCCACAUCCUCUACGAUCUUUUGGCUCAGUUAACCCAUCAAGGGCCAGACUUCAACUAUAAUAAAGAACACAUUCCCACAUCCUCUACAAUGUCGACAGCAAUUGCCAGACCGAUGACGCCCGAGACACGGCGUCGGGAUGACGACCUUAUCUUUAGCACACCGACAAGCAGUGCAGACCUGGAGCUGAGGAUUGUGCUCCUAACCCAGCGCCACGACGCUGAACCGUGGGAACCCAGCACGCCCAAGUGCAGUGCCGAUGUUGAACGACAAAUUGUCGAACUCAAGAAGAAACGCGAUGACUUUUUUGACGAUUUUUGUUUCAUCAUGAGAAAGGCUGGCAAGAGAAUGGACGACCAGAGGGCGCAGAUCAAGGAACAAGAACAAAUCUGUGAUCGCCUCCUCGCCGAGUUAGCCGACCUGGAGGAUGAGAGUGAACAAACGGAUCAAGAUGAACAAACUGAGCCCGUCCAGUCUCUUUCGGUGUAUGAGCGCAUACCAGUCAUCACCAGCCCUCCGAGUAAAGAGGAUAAGCAACAUAACGAUCGGGGCAGAAAGCGGAAAUCUGAACAGAAGGCGGACGAAACAAGCGCCCAGAAAAAGAAGAGGGCAGAGCGGAGAAGCAAUGGCAUGGGUCUCGAGACAUAA